AUCACGUUAGUAUUCAACAGUCGUGCAGAACGAUUUACAUGAUGAAUUCAAUACAUUUAAUAGUAAUAGCCUAGUAAAAGUGUUAAAUUCAUAAAACAGGUUGCGACUUUCUCCUCAGCAUUAAGACUUGUGUCCAGCAGGUUCGAAAAAAUCAACGAUGAUACUGCAGAAGAAUAUUAUCUGGAAAAGAGCAGGUGAAAGGGAAGCAGGGGGAAUCAAGCGCUCUCACUGCCCUUCCCAUCUCAUUUGGCCUACUCAGAUGUAAAGGUGAUUGUCUGCUAACACCUCGAUCCUGCGGGAACUGAAUAAACAUUCCGGACAUGAGGGCUAAAGAUGGCUGAAGUCUUGUCAGAGAAGCCCAGCUCUGACUUCCUUUCUGUGUGUUUGAGGUUUCAAAGUGUUUCCGCUCACAGUAAGAGAUGUUUAAAUGAUCAGAGUAUAGAAGAUAUACAUCUGGAUCAGACAAUGAAGAUCACACAGCUUCACUUCUAUCUGUUGAUGUGGUCUCAAGCCACAGAGAGUCUAACAAACAUAGAAGUAACUUUAGGAGCUGAUGUGAAUAUAAGCUGUGAUCUUGCUAUAGAGGAGAUUUACUGGUACAAACUAAAAUUACCAGAUCCUCCAGUGCUGAUCUUAUGCUCUUACAGCAGCACGGGAGCAAAAUAUGAAAACGGCAACUUCAAACUCAAAUACUCACUGAAUACUAACAGUAGUCUGUUGGUCAAACAUAUCAGCACUGAUGAAUUAGGAGUUUAUUAUUGUGUGAAAACUAGUAAACCACUAAAAUUCAGCAGCGGAACCAAAAUCUACAUUACUGACUCGGUCCAGAGGAAUCAGACAGAAUCAAAUGAUGCUCCACAACAUGAGACCCAAUGGAGAAAUCUGACCAUCAUCACUUCUGUCCUGCUGAAUAUGCUUUUGCUCAUCGCAUUAAUAGGUAUGGUGAACAGCUACAUUGACGUAAUUGGAAGAUCUAAAAAUGACACUGCAGCUCAAAACUCAAAUAAUUCAAAGUAUGCUGAAAUUGAUUUAUUCAAGUGUCCCAGAAACACCGGGCCUUGUCCAGAGCUGAGCACUGCUGUCCUCUACAGCCAAUGAAAUUUUCUACUAGUUAUGCAGUUUUGUGUUUUAUUAUUUGACAUACCACUGGAAAUUAAGGACACAAACCUCAAUAAAUGUACAGAGGUUUU